AUGGAGAUCUCAGCUCUCUUUAUUGGCCUGAUCCUGUCGCUGGGUUUGUUUGAGCUGAACUCAGCUCUUGUCUUGAAUGGUUCUGUGGAUGGUGUCCUAUCCUCUGGGCUUACAAAGGAUAGGACUGGUGUUGGGGUCAGCACCGAGGCCUCAUCUGUGAAAUGUGAGCUCCAGGGUACUAUUUGUCUACCUGCUUUCUCAAUGGAUGGUGACUAUGUUAUUGGUGGUAGUUUCUCCAUACAUUACUCCAUGCACACAAUGAAGCAUAACUACACCACCAUGCCUGAUCCACUAAGAUGCUCAGGGAACAUUGAUACCUGUGAACUGCGCUACUCACGCGCAAUGAUCUUCGCCAUCGAGGAGAUUAACAACAGCACGGAGCUGCUGCCGGGCAUCAAACUCGGUUAUCAGAUCUACGAUUCGUGUGCCUCUGUGCCUGUAGCGGUGUAUGUGGCAUUCCAGCUGUCAGGCGGCCUGGACCCGGUGUUUUACAGCGGCGACAAUUGUUCUCAAUCUGGUAAAGUGAUGGCCAUUGUUGGUGAGUCUGGGUCCACGCCAUCCAUCAGCAUGUCUCGCAUCAUCAGGCCCUUUAACAUUCCUCAAGUUAGUUACUUUGCCACUUGUGCAUGCCUUUCCGAUAAGCAGCAGUACCCAAGUUUCUUCAGAACGAUCCCGAGUGAUCAGUUCCAGGCUGACGCGCUGGCAAAGCUGGUAAAACACUUUGGUUGGACUUGGAUAGGUGCUAUCCGAUUGGAUUUGGAUUAUGGAAACAAUGGCAUGGUGUCAUUCCUGAAGGUAGCACACAAAGAGGGGAUCUGUGUGGAAUUGUAUGGUUUAAACUAUCUCCGUAAUACACUAUUAUAUCUCUCCAGGUCGACAGCUAUUGUUAUUGUGGCAUUUACAUCCCCUGGAGACUUGAGGAUUCUGCUGGAAGAGCUGUCGCUCAAGCCCUCUCCACCUCGCCAGUGGAUCGGCAGUGAGGCCUGGGUAACUGACCCAGCUAUGCUGAGGUUCAGUUUCUGUGCUGGAGCAGUCGGAUUUGGCAUUGAGCGAUCCGUCAUCCCAGGUCUGAGAGACUUCCUGCUGGUUGUCUCUCCGUCUAAAGUGACUGCCUCUCCAGUGUUUACUGAGUUCUGGGAGGAUGCAUUCAACUGCAGGCUGGAGAAAAGUGAGAAAACAGCCACAGACAAGAAUGCGUGUGAUGGAACUGAAGACAUAGAGACGAUCCAGAGCCCGUACACUGACACAUCUCAGCUCCGAAUCACUAACAUGGUGUACAAGGCUGUUUAUGCAAUAGCACAUGCCAUUCAUAAUGCAGUGUGUCAGCAAACAUAUUCUAUAAACCAGUGUGAUAAACUCAGGAGCAUAGAAUCCAAACAGGUUCUCACUCAGUUGAAGAAAUUUAAGUUUUCCCAAAAUGGUUAUGAUGUGUCAUUUGAUGCCAACGGGGAUCCUGUGGCCACAUAUGAACUGGUUAACUGGCAAAAAAGUGAGAGUGGCAGCAUUGAGUUGGUGGCAGUAGGGCACUACGAUGCAUCACUGCCGGUGGGCCAGGAACUCUGUAUCAGCAGGAACCUCACCUGGGUGGAGGGUGGCACACAAGUGCCUGUGUCAGUGUGCACUGACAGCUGUCCUCCAGGAUCUCGAAAAGUGCUGCAGAAAGGAAAACCCAUCUGCUGUUAUGAUUGUAUACCUUGUCCUGAGGGGGAGAUUAGUAACGCUACAGAUUCCCCUGAUUGUUUCCCUUGCCCCAAGGAAUUAUGGCCUAAUGCGAAGAGAGACACAUGUCUACCAAAGCCUGUAGAGUUUCUUUCCUUCAACGAGGCCCUAGGAAUCAUCCUGGCUGCAUUCUCAGUUGGUGGUGCCUGUCUUGCCAUUAUAACAGCGGCUGUUGUCCACCAUCACAGGAUCCCGAUUGUCAGAGCCAACAACUCUGAGCUGAGCUUCCUGCUGCUCUUCUCUCUGACUCUCUGUUUCUUAUGCUCAUUAACCUUUAUUGGAGCACCCUCUGAGUGGUCCUGCAUGCUGCGCCACACAGCGUUUGGGAUCACCUUCGUCCUCUGCAUCUCUUGUGUUCUUGGAAAAACAAUAGUUGUGUUAAUGGCAUUCAAAGCCACUCUCCCAGGUCGUAAUGUUAUGAAAUGGUUUGGUCCUCCACAGCAAAGGAUGACUGUAGUGUCUUUCACUUUUAUUCAAGUAUAAUAUGUACUCUUUUGGUUGGUUCUUAGUCCUCCUUUUCCAAGGAAAAACCUAACCACAUACAAGGAGAGAAUCACUGAGUGUGCAUUAGGCUCAGCUAUUGGGUUCUGGGCGGUGCUCGGGUACAUCGGCCUGCUGGCUGUCUUUUGCUUUGUGUUAGCUGUCCUAGCGCGGAAACUACCUGAUAAUUUUAAUGAAGCCAAGCUUAUCACCUUCAGCAUGCUGAUAUUCUGUGCAGUCUGGGUCACCUUUAUCCAGCAUAUGUCAGUUUCUCCUGGGAAAUUUACGGUGGCUGUGGAGAUAUUUGCCAUUCUUGCCUCCAGUUUUGGACUCAUAUUCUGUAUAUUUGCCCCAAAGUGUUUCAUCAUCUUGUUUAAGCCAGAGAAAAACACCAAGAAAUAUUUAAUGGACAAAGGUAAAUCUUAA